CCGCCGCUUAUAUUUAGUCACAAGAAGAGAAGAAGAAGCUCCCAACGCAGCCCUCUCCCUCGUUUUGCGCAUGCGCAUCCUUGGUUUCCUUCGAUCUUGGUCCAUCCAUCUCCGGCCGCGCGCGAGAGACCAGGACCAGCUGAGGCGCUCGCUCAACUUCCCCGGCCCCCUUUUAAAUCUGAACCUCUGACCUCUCGUGUGUUCCUUGAUUCUCCUUCCUCUCGUUCGAUCGAUCGGCCACCUGCCGAUGCCUCCGCCUUCGCCUAUUGCCGUCCACCAAGAGCCAUGAACUGCAACAACACCAGGAGCGCCCACUCUCUCUUCGCCCCAAAAGCCACCAAGGACAUGUCUCGCCUCCACCAAGGCUACGACCGCGGCUAGAUCUCUCUUCUGCCAAGCUUACAGCUUCCUUCUUGCGCUAGCUUGCCGUCUUUCAGUUGUAGUUUCAGUCGUCUCUGAUCAUCAGCCAUGAAGGAAGCUGCAGCUGGAGGGGAGAGGAAGAGCAGCAGCAGCAACAUCCUGGCCAAGACGCUCCAGAAGUGCCGCUCCCUGGGGGGCGGCGGCCACCACCGGCGGCAUCAUCCGUCGUCAAGCUCUGGCACUGGCAGCAGCGCCCCGCCAUCGCCGUCGCCUCACCAUCGCCCUAUGGCGUGCUCGGUGCCGGCGGGGUGCUUCGCGGUGCUGGUGGGCCCGGAGAAGGAGCGGUUCGCGGUGCGGGCCCGGUGCGCCAACCACCCGUUGUUCCGGGCGCUGCUGGAUGAGGCCGAGACGGAGUACGGCUUCGCGGGAUGCGACGGGCCCCUGGAGCUGCCCUGCGCCGUCGACGACUUCAUGGAGGUCAUGUGGGAGAUGGAGCAGCAGGGGGGCCACGGCGGAUCCGCAUCCCCCAGCUGCGCGCGCUUCGCCGGCGCCAGGCACCACCACCACCACCAGCACCACCAGCAGCAGGGGUACCACAUGAUGAGCCCCGGCUCGUCGUUCCUCGUCGCCGGCCGCUCCUGAAGAAUGAUGUUUAUCCAUGCGUGUACUGCUUCUUCUCCGAUCUUCUUCGCCGACGACGAUCUAAGUCGAACGCCGGCCUUUUAUCAGUUUCCUGUGUUGUAAUCUUUUUUUCCCCCUUCUUCUUAGUGGGCGCUUAUUAUGUUGUUGUUGGAGCAUGCAGAGGUUAAUUUGUUCCCGGCCCGCAUGCAUCCUUGCUUGAUUGUUAGUAGCUUUAAGUCCGCGGGUACGUUGAUCGAUGUCAAGUUGCAACUGUUUCCUGCCGUUUCCCAUGGUUUGUGGAUGGCCUAUUUUGUUCUCACAUAUGCAUGUCUCCGUGUUAAUCAAGACAUGUAUACGGUGUUCACUGUUAUCUGUGAAUAAGAAGAUGCAUGGUGCUCCCUCCCUUUCAUAAA